CGUGUGGCCAUGGUUGUAUUCCGAUUUCGCCGCAUACUCCCACCCCGCCGUUUCGCGGGCAAGUUAGGGGUGCGAGAGCCUUCUUGCCCAAGCAGUGGCUGCAGCACCGCUUUGGCCAGCGACAAAAUUCGCACGGACCCGUGGGGGUUUCGCGCACAGAGUCCUCAAAGCCACGAGUUUUGCCUCCUUGCUUUUGUUGCUGCACGUGCGGUGCGCAUGCCAGUGUGUUUUCGAAUUUGGGUCCAUGCUGAGGUCAUCGGUGUGGUGGUGGUGGUCGCCGUCGUCGUCUGCCUAGGUGGGAUUUGCGCCGAGAUUAUUUUUUUUUCAAAUUCAGGUACUCUUCCAUCGGAUUCAGACCCAGGCUUCCCCUUUGAGAGUCAUUUUGAGAAGAAGAAAAUUGUUCCCAAUCCCAAGAAAGCCCUGAGAAAUAUCAUAGGCGGCGAAAAGAGAAAGGAUCGGCUCAAGCGGAAAGAAGAGGCUGAACUCGAGAGAAUUAUCAAAUCGGUCCCCAAGAAGACCGUUUUUAACGGGGCAGGAGAGUCAUCCAAAAAGGCCUACUUGUCAGAUUGGCGUGAAUUCCAGGCUCGUAUUGAGGCAACCGUUACCGAUACCGCCUCCCGGCUUGAGUCACUUCGCUGGACCGUCGAGCCCACCGAAGACAACGACAGGCCCUCGCAAAGCGAUUGGGCAAACUUCGAAGCCCACCAGGAGCCAGAGAUUGAGGAGGAUUGGGCAGACUUCGGACCAGAAGAGGAGCACUCUAGCGAUUUCCCUGAACGAGAACAUCAAGAUUUGCAGGUUGCCGCCACUGGUGAAGAAACAAAUUGGGCUGACUUUAGUAGUCUACAAACGAGUGAUCAGUCAAACACAGAAAACAAAGUUCCUACUGUAACAGCGUGUGAAAAUUGGGUUCUGGAUUUAAGUUCUGUUCAGGCAGAUAGGAAAAUCAUUUCGGCAGAAUUUAGCGCUUCUGAUAACUACAAUUUUGAGAGCUCAACCAUAAAGGAUAUUUCUAGUGGCACUCGGGAGGGGUUAUCACCAGUGGAAAAAGAAACAUCGGUCAAUGAAUUGAACUCUAUUAAAAGUGAGGUCAUGAAAAGCCAACUAAACCAAGCACAUUAUUCACCGGACAAUCAAUCUCCAUCUCCUGAUGAAGACGUUCCCAGUCACGAAGACAAAUUUUCGACAUAUCAACAAGCCUCCAUUGAGCGUUCGGAGCCUGUAGUUUUCCAACAACUUGCAGCCGCGUCUCCAUCGGAAGGAGAUGAAGGUAAAUGGACAAUAAAAGAUCUGCCUUCAGAGGAGGGGUGUUCGGCGUCACCUGAUCAACCUGGGGUAAAAAAUAGUCAGGAACAGUACUACGGAUAUGACGAGCCUUCAUCUCCCACACUAGAUACAGCAAAAAUAUUUCCUGAUGCGUUUGAAGAACCAGGGACCACGUUAGAGCAUUCUGUGUCAUCCCGUUCUUUGACACAAGAACAGUCGGAUGAAUAUAAUUAUGAUAAUCAUAUUCAGGGCGAGGAAGCACUUCCAGAAAAUCAAGUAGAAUCUCAUAUUGGCGAAAAUCCCCACUACGACGAAGAUGUUGAGAGCGGAUGUCAUCUGGUCGCAGAAGGACGGGACACAACCAAGUCCGACCAUGAUGAAAUCAUUUCCAAUGCAACCGAUGAAGGACUUUCGUCUGAAGUUGUUUCCCUCUACACAAACUUCACAAAAUCGAAGUCCCCACCAGCCAGACAGGGCACACUAACCGAGAACAACCCCUUUCGUAGAGCAUCUAAAAUUGACAAUCCCGGGGCCGCUGAUAGCGGGAUUAAUGCAGAAGAAAUAGCAUUGGAAGAUGAAAAAACAACACUGGCUACGGUCACUCUCUUCAGUCAGUCCGUUCGUGAUGAAGAUGAACUGGAAGCAAAUAAUGUGGGCUAUGAAAUUGAUGAUGUCUCAGAGGUGUCCGAAUUCACAACCCCAACCAAUCGAAAUUUUGAUCCUUUUCAGACAAUUUAUCCAGCUUCUGAAGUAGACAGUUCAAGCGAUGACCAGGAAAAAGAUCUCGAUCUAGAGGUUCGUAAAAUUUCAAUCAAGAAUAAAAAGGUCAAUGGUCCAAGUAAGGAAGAAGACACUGUAAGUAUUCCCAUUCUUCCUGCGCCUCCAAAGACAGCAGAUCCAGCCUUUGCAGAUGAUCUCAUUGGUGGUAGUGAAAAUGAUGAGUUUAGAGCACAAAUAUAUGCGAAAAACGACAAUACUCUUGAAGAAUGUAUCGAUCAUAGUGCUGUUCCUGCCGGCUGGGAAACCUUUACCUCGAAUACAAGCCCUGCGGAGACCUCCAGUGCAAAGGACGAUGAAUUGGUCAAAGCAUUUGAGGUUGACUGGUCGAAGCCACCCGUUCCAUCAGCUACAUUGCCUGAACCUCCACGGCCAGAGACUCCUGACCCAGACCUUGAAAUACCCUUCAAUCCACCGCCACCUGCGAACCAUGUAUGGCGAUUGUGGCUUAGGCACCCAGAAAAGAAAAAAAAGGUUAAACAGAUGAGCAAAUACACCACAGAUCGGAGCUGGAAGGAGGUUGCUGUCACGUUGUCUGAUGAUCGAGGUCGCUGUGAAGUUAAUCUACACGAAAUUGACGCUAAUACCGGGGAUCAUAUCAGGGAACCCUUUCGCACACUCCGAAUGGAACCUUACAUGCAGUUGUCGCGUUGCAAACUUCAACAGUACGACAAGUAUGGGAAGCUGAAUAUAUUUAAGAUAAAUCACGUUUCUUAUCAUGAACUGCCUGGAAUGCGACCAGAAAAGUUUUCGAUAAAGACCUUUCAAAACCUCAUCUCACACAAACCAAAGCGGUAUGGAGCUCUCGAUCACCUCCCAGUUUACACUGAGAUUCUCAAAUUUGGCUCGAUGAGCAGGUCCUUAAUGCGGAGUCUUAUGUCAGUUUUGGAGGACUCCUUAAUGCGAAUACCAGCCCAUAAAGAUGAAGGACUAAAUUACAACCACGAAGAAGUAUGCUGUUAUGUAGUCGAUGAGUACGUUGGCAAGAUUUCAGUUGAGGGAGUUAUUGAGGAGCAAAAGGCUAGGACAAGAAUUUUCUUCAGUGCCUUUGUGAACGAAGGACCCCACAUUGUACUGGGGAUCAACGACAAGUGGCGAUUUGGGAGAGAAGUUGUGCGACGAUCAGACAUCUUACCUGUCAUGCACGACGACUGGAUAACUAUUUGGAAGCCCGAAUUCCACUCAUGCGUCGAAAUGAAUGAAUACGAAAAGGACCACCUGCUGAAGUUCUAUCCACUUGAUGGUUGCAAAUUCGAACUUAUGCGGUUUCGCGUAAGCCUUAGACACAAUCAAGAGCUUCCAAUGCAAGUGCAUUGCUCCUACUCGAUAGACGACCGCAAAAUUUCCAUGAGAUGUGAACUCCUCGUACCGGGCUACUUCACGGCCACGGGCAAAUCAGAAGCCAUACCAUGUGAGGACUUGGAAAUUCGAAUUCCUGUGCCUGAGGAGUGGAUUUACCACUUUAGGGUCGAGAAGCACCAUAAAAUGGGCUCUGUGCACUCAACAUUACGGAAACCGGGUCGAAUUAAGGGACUAGAAAGGAUUACUCAAAUAGCACAGAGUCUCCUGCCUCCAAGUCUACUUGAAGCCAGCAUUGGCCUUGCCAAAUACGAGCACCUUUUCAAGGCCAUUGUUUGGCGCAUACCCAGGGUGCCGGAGAAAAAUGAAUCUUCUUAUCGUCCCCACUUGCUGACGUGUAACCUUCUCCUAAACGCUCACGACACGGUCCCCGAAUGGGAAUCACUCGUAAAAGAUGUCCACAUUGAAUUUACCAUGCCGUCGAGCACCGUCUCCGGCACAACAGUUCGUUCAAUAUCCGUGGAAACCACAGGCAACGAGGAGAAAUUCGUUAAAUACACGGCUAAGUACCGGAUUACCAAAGCCAUCAACUACCAGCUGGGACACCGGAAGGACAAACCCUUGAAAGGAAUUUUGGAUGCGGACGCGGGGGAACCUACAUCAUCAGAUUCUGAGCAGGAGGACGAAGUCAUGGAGAGCGCUGCUGCCCGGAGAGAAGAAAGUAAAGACAGUUCUGCGGGGGACGAACUCUUUGGUGAAAGGCACACCACGGCCGACGCCCCACCCCCCUCAAUGCUUCCGACGACACCGAGCACAAAGCAGUCCGACGAACUAGCUGACAUCUUCGGAUAG